AAGAGCGGAGAUGUUGUUCGCAGGAUCCCAUUACAGAGGACGCAUGUUGUAAUAUGGUCGAAACAAAAGAGUGAGAAGAGACAGGCCUGCCUUCUGAAACAAAAACAGCGACACGUUUCCUCUUUUUUUUUUUUUUUUUUUUUUUCUAAACAACCCAAUCUGGCUUUCCGCACUAACUUUUUAGCGGAUUUAUAGGCGGCGCGAAAUGGAGAAGAAAAGGUGGGAUUGCACUGCUCUCCCCAAGGGCUGGAAAAUGGAAGAAGUGACCAGAAAGUCGGGUUUGUCAGCUGGAAAGAGCGAUGUCUAUUAUUUUAGUCCAUCUGGGAAGAAGUUUCGGAGCAAGCCUCAGCUGGCCCGUUACCUUGGCAACCAGAUGGACCUCAGCUCCUUCGAUUUCCGCACGGGGAAGAUGCUGAUGAGCAAGCUGAACAAGAACCGGCAGCGGCUGCGGUAUGAUAACAACAACCAGAACAAGGGUAAACCUGACUUGAACACGUCGCUCCCAGUCAGACAGACGGCCUCCAUCUUUAAGCAGCCUGUUACUAAGGUUACCAACCAUCCCAACAACAAAGUGAAGACAGAUCCUCAGAAAGCCGUCGACCAGCCCAGACAGCUAUUUUGGGAGAAGAAACUCAGUGGUCUAAAUGCUUAUGACAUUGCAGAGGAGCUUGUGAAAACAAUGGAACUGCCUAAAGGCCUGCAAGGUGUCGGUCCGGGCUGCACAGAUAAAACUCUCUUGUCGGCCAUCGCGAGCGCUCUGCACACCAGCGCUGCUCCGAUCACCGGGCAGCUGUCUGCUGCCGUGGAGAAGAACCCGGGAGUCUGGCUAAACACUGCACAGCCGCUGUGCAAGGCCUUCAUCGUCACUGAUGAGGACAUCAGGAAACAGGAGGAGCUGGUGUACAGUGUGAGGAAAAGGCUGGAGGAGGCGCUCAUGGCUGAUAUGUUGGCCCAUGUCGAGGAGGCUGCCAGCGAAGGAGAGGCUCUGAAGGAGGAGGGCAACGGCAGUGAAGACAUGGAGAGCGUAUAGCACAGGUUUCUGCAAAGGGUUCAACACCUGCCCAGUAGGAACCCUGUCCAGUCCAGCCCCGAAGAACUGUCCCCCAGUAUCGACGUCCGACCCAAACCCAAAUCCGAUUAGCCUCCAGUCCGACAUAAAGAGCCGUUUUCUCUUCACCCCACAACAACCGCCUGAAGUCUCCCAACACCUCCAUUCUUCAUUAACGCCGCUGAAUGGGACUCCUUGACCGAAUUUCUGAGCCCAGAUGAUUUUUGAUGACGGAAAAAACAAAAAAUAUUUAAAACAAAUGAACUCUCAAACAUUCACGAUAACUUAUCUACAGUGUGUCAAAAUCAGUGUUCAGUGAUCAUUGUGAUUUUUUUACGAAAAAAAAACAAAAAGGCUUUGAAUGGGUUUGUAUUUUUUGCGACAAUCAUGUCAAAUCCAAAAGUUUCACGUCCGCAAAAAAAGUCGAUUUUUGCUUUGUUUCGGGGGGGGCAGAUUGGGAAUGAAUGUUUUCUAUUUUUAGCAUCUCUUGACUUUUUACGAUGCACUCCAGGAGUAAUCUGUCACAGCACACGCAGUGAAGCGGUACACCAAGAGUAGAGCUAAUUUGAACCUGCAGGUGGCUGAUUUUACUUACGGCAGGUAGAGUAGUUUGUAAAUCUAUUGGAGUGGAUAGUUUUUAUUGUUUUAAUUUUUAAGGAAAUAUUAUCUUUCAUGUCAGCUGUGUGUUGUCCUAUGAGUGGUGUUCAGUAUUGACCAAAGAGGGGACGCGUCAUUUCAGAAGGCUUUAAGGUUUUUUUUUUUUAUUGGCCCUGCUGUUGUACAACUAAAUGUAAGAAAAACGAAUGCACGAUGGGGCGCAGUGGGAGAGAAAUGACCUGAAACCUCUUUUCGGUUGUGCAGUUAUUACUGUUUCUAACUCUCAUCAUCGUUACAGGUGCUUACUGACGUUGUGACACAUUGCUAUUCAAGGCUUUGUUGCAGCUUCAGUCCAUUUUUAUUAUUUUUUUAAAUGUGUCAAUGUUACCACACACACGCUGCCUCCUUCUUCUAAAUCCACGCACAGAAUUGGCGACACAGCGAAUUACAGUUAGUUCUGAUGUGUUUUUCAUUGAUUUAUCUUCUGAGGAAUAAUGGUUUUGUAUUUUUUAAUCCCUGUUUGAUGAAAAAAAUAAAUAAUGCAUCAGGCUGAAAUCAUGAAACUCCCUUCACAAUAUCAGCAGGCUGAUUGCUGAAAUAAAUCUGAUUGUAUUAAAAUGUGUCAGUAUAUCACUAAA